UCAAAUCAGUGGAUCCCACCACGCUACUUUGUCGUAAUAAACAAACAUGAACAUUUAAUUGAAUCACUAAAUCGAGGGACAGUUGUACCUGACAGGCUAAUUUCAGGGCGUAAAAUCUCACGGCAGCAUCUUCUAGAAACACGUUGACGUCCCGCCGCGCCAUCUUUAGAAAACAGUGAGCCCAACACUGAAUGAAACUUAAUUUCCGUCGUCUGUGAGAGCUGCUUGCUGUAUGGAGUGAUACCCUUGCGUCUUCAGGUGUUUGAUCAGUAGAGGUGAUCAUGGGGAUCAAGGCUCAGCGCACUCGGUGCUUCCUUGACAUUGGCAUCAGUAAUGUGCUCGUCGGCAGAGUUGUGGUUGAAUUGUUUUCAGACGUCUGUCCCAAAACUUGUGAAAACUUCAGAUGCCUCUGCACAGGUGAAAAAGGCAUUGGUAAAGGAACUAUGAAACCGCUGCACUACAAAGGAUGUCUGUUCCAUCGGGUUGUAAAAGACUUCAUGAUUCAAGGAGGAGACUUCAGCGAAGGUAAUGGAAGAGGAGGCGAAUCCAUCUAUGGAGGCUUUUUUGAAGAUGAAAGCUUCGCUAUGAAACACAACAAGGAGUACCUGCUGUCUAUGGCCAAUAGGGGCAAAGAUACAAAUGGAUCACAGUUUUUCAUAACAACAAAGCCCUCUCCACAUCUUGAUGGUGUCCACGUGGUUUUUGGACAUGUGAUUUCUGGCCAAGAGGUUGUCCAAACCAUGGAGAACCAGAAAACGGAUCCUAAUAGCAGACCAUACGCUGAUGUGAAAGUUAUGAAUUGUGGAGAACUCAUCCCUAAGUCUAAAGCAAAGAAAGAGGAAAAAAAGAGAGAGCAAGCCUCUUCUGGUUCCAGCAGCAGCUCCGGCGACUCUGAGAGCUCAUCAGACUCCUCUGAUUCAGAAGAAUCGGAGAAGGAAUCUAAGAAGAAGAAAAAGAAGGCGAAAAAGCUAAAAAAGAAAGAAAAGAAGAAGAAGAAGAAAAGGUCAGAGGCUGAAAGUGCUGAAGAGAAAGAACAAGAAGAGCUGGUCACAUCUACUGUACGUCCUGAAGAAAUCCCCCCAAUCCCAGAGAACCGAUUCCUCAUGAGGAGGAGUCCCCAGGUGGUCCAGAAGCCAAAAGAGGAGGAAGAAAAGAAUCCGCCAAAAAAAGAGGAAAGACCAAGAGAGAGCACUGCCACAUCAUAUAAUUCUCAGUCAGCAUAUCACAGAAGACUGGUGAUGACACGGUCCGGGAGAAAGAUAAAGGGCAGAGGUCCAAGGCGCUAUCGGACACCGUCACGCUCUCGUUCGAGGUCCAGAGAUCGUUUCCGGCGCAGUGAAACACCUCCACACUGGCGUCAGGAGAUGCACCGUCAGAGGAUGAGGGCGGUCACAGGAGAGCGCUGGAUCAAGGGUGACAAAGGUGACAUGAAUGAUGCAAAGGAUGAGGCUGCUAAAGCUCCAAGAAGAGAGAGAAGGACCUCCGACACAAAGCACGAACACACAGCAGAGGGUAAAAAAGAUAAGAAAUCUCGGUCACAUAGGUCCAAAAGCAAAGAAGAGGACACUGUGGAGAAGGACGAGAAGAAUAGCAAACACAAGGAAAAGAAAAGAGAUAAAUCAAAAAGCCGCAGUAAAAGCAGAGAAAAGAGAAGGCGGUCAAAAAGCAGAGAGAAGGGUCACAAGCACAAAAGUGACGACCGGAAAAGUCGCUCAAGGAGCAAAGACCGAAAUGCUAAUAAGAAAGAAAAGGAGUCCGAAUCUGACCACAGUAAAGAUCGAAACAAGGGUCACGAGGCUGAUAAAAAGCAUAAAGAGGAUACCAAAGGAAGAAAUGGGGAGAGAACUAGGACAAAGUCACAAAGUAAAGAAAGACCAACUACAAAAGAUGGACACAGAUCAAGCAGCAGGAACAGGGAUAGGAGCAGACGGGCAGCGUCAAAGGACAAAGAAGACAAACGAGAAAAGGGCCGAGAGAGGGGCAGAGAGCGUAGUAGGAGUCAUGAUAGACGACGCAACAGUGAAAGGGAGAAUAAGAAGCGAGGAACAUCCAGGGAUAGGGAACGUCGAACAAGAAGUCCAGACAGGAAUAAGACAAGAGACUCCCACGGAGGCAGACGCUCCAGAAGCAAGAGCAACAGGAGAGACCACAGCAAAGACCGGUCCUCUCACAGGAAGGACCGAGACAGAGAAUCUAGCAACCAGAGGAGGAGACACAGCAGCAGCUCUGACAGCGAUAGAGACGACAGAAGGAAGCGACAAAAGAGUCCAGAUUCUAAACGGAGAGAGGCAAAUAGAUCCUCAAGAUCCAAAGACAGAAAAAGCCCGGCCAACCCAAGACCAGAUAGUACCAAGGGCAAAGACCGAAACGACAGCAAGAGGAAUAAAUCAAGCUCCAGCUCAAGCUCCGACAGCGACUGAGUCUGUGAUGGCACCCCGAAAAGAAGUCUCUCCCUAUUUUUAAACCAUUACACAUGUAGUCUGCAGCAUCAGCUGUCCAUCUAGAGCGGGACCCAGUAGUGCAUUUGCUUGUCCAAAUCUGUUGUGAGCUUGUAGAGCGUUUCUCCCUUAGUUCAGGGUGUUUUCACACACAGAAAAGUCCAGCAAACCAAAACGCAUCACGGCAAACUGCGGGAGAACAUCCACUCCACUUAUUGGUCAGAUGUAUCAGGAAGAAGGUCCUGUGUUCUGGACUAGUGUAUAUUUCUCCAGUUCUCCAGCUA